AGUGUAAUUUAUCCUUAAAUUAACUCUCGAAUCCGAACCUCAAUCGUCACCCCAGUGUCUCUCUCUCAGACAUGUUAGACGGAAUCCCCUAAACUCACGCCCACCAUCUUUGCUCUUCUCUUCAUUGCUCAGCUGUUUGAUUACACCGUGCACAUAGAUCUUCGCCGGUGAAUCGGAUUACAGUUAUGAUUUUGAUUUGUGAAGAUGAUAUAUAGCUUCGAUUUCAAUUGCAGAGAGCUAUACAGUAUCUGUGAAUCGAAGAUUUGAUUGAGGUGGCUAGCCUUCGCUACAACUAGUACUCAUCCAACUCGUUUUAGGGCUUGAUACAGUGUAUCAACGGUGCACCACACAUUCGGAGCUCAGAAAUUUGAAUUGACCGUUGAUUUAGAUUACUUCGAUUCCGCCAUUGAUGUCGAGUUCAGAGAGGCCUUCAUCGUCGUCGUCGUCGUCGUCUUCGCCGAGGAAUAUCGAUCCGUUGUUGAAGGAUCUGAGUGAGAAGAAGCAGAGCUUCCGGCAGAACGUGGUGUCGCUGGCGGUGGAGCUCAAGGAGGUCCGAAGCCGUCUCGCUUCGCAGGAGCACUCAUUUGCUCUCCAGACCCUAUCAAGACAGGAAGCAGAGGCCAAAGCUAAGAAGAUGGAGGAGGAGAUGUAUAGAUUGCAGAAGGGCUUAGAGGAGAGAAAUGGGCAGCUUCAAGCAUCCGCAUCUACUGCUGGGAAGCACCUCAAGGAGCUGGAUGAUCUGAGAUCACAGCUUUCAGCCACUCGAGCAACUGCAGAUGCAAGUGCUGCAUCAGCUCAAUCAGCCCAACUUCAGUGUUUGGCAAUGUUAAAGGAAUUAGAUGAGAAGAACAGUUCACUAAAAGAACAUGAAGUUCGUGUGAAUAGGCUGGGAGAGCAAUUAGAUCUUUUGCAGAAAGAUCUUCAAGCAAGGGAACUCUCACAAAACCAACUGAAAGAUGAAGUUUUAAGAAUUGAGCAUGAUAUCAUGCAAAAUAUAGCCCAAGCUGGAGCAAGCAAAGAUUGUGAACUAAGGAAAAUAUUAGAUGAGAUUUCUCCAAAAAACUUUGAAAAGAUCAAUAAGCUUUUGACUCUGAAGGAUGAAGAAAUACGCAAACUGAGAGAUGAAAUCAGGAUUAUGUCUGCUCACUGGAAGCUCAAAACCAAGGAAUUGGUAUCCCAGUUGGAGAAGCAUAGGAGAGUGGAUCAGGAGUUGAAAAAGAGGGUUUUGAAGUUGGAGUUCUGCCUCCAGGAAGCUCGUGCUCAGACACGAAAGCUGCAAAGGAUGGGUGAGCGGCGGGACAAAGCUCUGAAAGAACUCAGGGAUCAGCUCGCAACGAAGCAACAGGGUGGGGAUUUGGGCAGUGAGAAACAGAAUUUCUGGGAAAGCUCUAGUUUCAAAAUCGUGGUUUCUAUGUCAAUGUUGAUCGUGGUCUUGCUUUCGAAGCGGUAAAUUUAGUCUUCUUUAGGUAUUAUGGUGUAAAAAGCAACAGUACCUAGGAAGUCAAUUUCAGGAGAUCAGAAAAGGCUGUAGAUGCUAUUUUAUUCGUAGAAAUGUUAGUCAGAGAGGGCUUUUUCUUUUUAUAUAUGUCACAGCAGAAAACCCUCUUUUUGUUGCUCCAAUUUUUAACCUUAAAGUUGUUGGCAUUGUAUAGUUAAAAUUUCAAUUGAAGUCUUGCAUAUGCUUAGUUUUGUUAACUAAAUUUGUUUAAUCGUGGAACAUGUCAUGUCCGCUGGAAUAGGAUCUUUUGAGGUUCACUUAAAUUGACACUUAAAUUUUAAGCUUCAAAAUAAAUUUUCUUGUCA